UAUUAACUCAGUCUUCUCACUUGAACACACAUUCUACUAUAAUUACUACCAUCAUUUCAAUAAAAUAAUAUUUUUUUUAUAUUUUCACAAGAUUCUUUUAAAUAAUUCUGUAUUAUUUCAUUUAAAAAUUUAUUUUAAACAAUGUUUGUAUAAUUAAUAUUACUUUUAAUUAACUUUUUUAAAAUUUGUUUUCUUUGUACCAUAACUUUAAUUAAAUAAUGGUUGACACCAAUGUGGUGGUCCCUGGUGAUGUUGUUAGCUCAGAUUCCUCCUUUUUACUUCAGGGUCACGGGACUUACGUUUCCGAUAAACAACUUAGGGCCAGUUAUCUGGGCUCAGUUAAACAUGUAAACCAAUUGGUUUAUGUGGAGCCUUUUGGUGGUAAAUACGUCGGUCAAAUAGGUGACAUUGUUAUUGGAGUUGUUGACAGCAUUCAGGGAAACAAGUGGUUUCUGGACGUGAAUGCUGUUGAGCUUGCUCAGUUAUCUAUUCUGCAGGUGAACACUGAAGAGUUGGCGAAUCGUCGUAAAAUUGACGAGGACAUUUAUGAAAUGAGUAACUUGUUUAAUGUGAAUGACAUUGUUUCUUGUGAAAUUCAGCGCAUUUCACCCACUGGUACAAUAAUGCUCCAAACCAGGACUAGUAAAUACGGUAAACUUGAAAAUGGGAUUCUCGUCAAAAUAAAACCAAAUUUGGUGAUUAGGAAGGGUAAGCACAUUUACGACAUGGAAUGCGGUGUAAGAAUAAUACUGGGAUGCAAUGGAUAUAUAUGGCUCACUAGUCAAAAAGCCCAUGAAUUGCUCAAGAAGGAAAAGGAAAACUCUCCUGAGAAGGCCAAUUUCAUCACCAGAGUCUGUAUAAUUAGGAGUAUUUUACUAAUGUUUUCUUCAAAGCUAAUAAAGGUAAACUUUGACGUGAUUGAAAAGGCCUUUGCAAUCUACUCUCACCUCUUCCCUAACAGAUGUGAUAUGGAUAAACAGAUGGAGGAGCCCAUACUCUCGAAUUUUUAAGCAUUUUUUUAAUUUUUUAGAAGUUA